AUGGCUGACCAAAGUGUAUGUGAUCUUAUUUUGAAUGGGAAAUUUGAUGAACUCAAGAAAAAGAUCAAUCAAAACAGAGAUUUGAUUAACAAAACAGACGAAAGUGGAAGACUUCCUUUACACUGGGCUGUUUCCCAAGGACAUGAAGAAAUAACAGACUAUUUGUUAGAUCUGGGCACAUCUGUUGAUGCCAGGGAUCAAUCUGGUUGGACGCCUUUAAUGAUUGCUGUUUCGGCCGGUCGAUCCAAGAUUGUCAACAGUCUCAUUCAUCACUGUGCCCAAGUGAACGCUGUUAACCACAAUGGACAAUGUUCUCUUCAUUAUGCUGCCUCAAAAAAUAGAUACGAGAUUACCGAGUGUCUAUUGAACAACAACUGUGAUCCAGAUACAGCUGACUGGAUGGGAAGUACACCACUGCAUCGAGCUGCAUCAAAAGGUCAUAUCAAAAUUGUGCAGUUGUUACUACGGUUUCAAGCGCAAAUAGAUAGUGCUGAUAAGGAAGGCAACACUCCAUUGCAUUUGGCUUGUGAAGAGGAACGUGGAGAUGUUGCCCAUUUGCUGGUCCAAAAUGGUGCUUCUUUAUCAUUACUGAACAAGGAAGAAAAGAGUCCCUUGGAUUUGGCACCUCCCAAACUUGGCCGAAAUCUCAAGAAUUUAUCAGAACGCAGAAUUUAA